GUAGUGACAACGAUAGAUUAACACAAAAUAUAACAACAAGUAUAGUGUUGUAAUGUAAUGACUUGGUACUUGUGGGCGAACUAACGUUGUACGGCCAGCGUGACACAAGUGUCCCGCCUCUCGCCACUCGCCAGCGACUCCGAGAUGUGAUCUGAAGUACGCUGAGUCUGUAUUUUUAGCUCGCGACGGCUGCUCGCGCGGCGCUCGCCUCAGGCGAAUAAUAUAAAAUGUGUAACUUCGAACGUUCAUAGUGUUAGUGAAGUGAAGUGAACCGUGACAUGUGUGCAUUAUGACGAAGGCUAUGGAACACUUUAGGAGGCAGCGGCUGAGACUCGGCAGGAGGAGGAUGUUUUAGUACAUAUCGAGCAUGUUUGUCUGAUUUGUUGUUUGUGUGUGUUGUCCGUUGCAUGCAGGCGCCAGGUCACCUCGACUGCCUCCAAUGAAACACUACAGGCCGCUGGGCUCGGCGGAUUCGAACUACUCGCAGCCUUCAUCGGAACUAUCUUUGGACGAGGGGAAGGAGGCCCAGCGACGGGAGAAGGAAGCACAGGCCAUAUCACAGCUCGAUAAGGCACGGUCCAAGCCGGUAGCGUUCGCAGUCCGCACAAACGUCGCCUACGAUGGUACCGCGGACGACGACUCCCCGGUCCACGGCAGCGCCAUCUCCUUCGACGUACGAGACUUCCUCCACAUCAAGGAGAAGUAUGACAACAACUGGUGGAUCGGCCGCCUGGUGAGGGAGGGCUGCGACGUGGGCUUCAUCCCGUCCCCCGUCAAGCUGGAGGCGGUCCGCGCGGGGCUCGCGGCCCGACGCUACCCCCGCCCGCCCUCCGCCGGCGCCCCCCUCCCCAGCAGAGGUAGCACACCCCCCACGCCCGGCGAAGACUCGGACUCGGCGGGGCGCGGCCGCGGUGCGCCGCCCGCCGGGAAGGAGAAAAGGAAGCCGUUCUUCAAGAAACAGGAGGCCUGCACGCCCUACGACGUGGUGCCCUCUAUGAGGCCCGUCGUACUCGUGGGGCCCUCGCUCAAGGGCUACGAGGUCACGGACAUGAUGCAGAAGGCCCUGUUCGACUUCCUGAAGAGAAGGUUCGAGGGCAGGAUCAUCAUCACCCGGGUGACCGCGGACAUAUCUCUGGCGAAGCGUUCCUUGCUCAAUAACCCGCCAAAGAAACCGAUCAUGGACAGAACUAAUUCGAGAACCAAUUGCUUGGCCGAAGUUCAGACGGAGAUCGAGCGGAUCUUCGACCUGGCGCGGACCCUGCAGCUGGUGGUGCUGGACUGCGACACCAUCAACCAUCCGUCGCAGCUCGCCAAGACCUCGCUCGCACCCAUCAUAGUCUACCUCAAGAUCACCAGUCCCAAGGUCCUCCAGCGGUUAAUAAAGUCCCGAGGGAAGGGUCAGAGCAAGAACCUGUCGGUCCAGAUGGUGGCGGCGGAGAAGUUGUCUCAGUGUCCGUCAGAGAUGUUCGACGUCACGCUGGACGAGAACCAGCUCGAGGACGCCUGCGACCACAUCGCCGAGUACCUGGAGGGUUACUGGGCGGACACCCACCCGCCCGUCGUGGAGCCGACCGCCAGAGCUCCGCACGCCUCACACGCGCCCCUACCGCACCCGCACUCGCACACUCACGCGCACGCGCACACACACCAUGCGCAACCUGAUCCCCCCGCUCACUCCGGCGGACAUCGAGAGAGGUCCGACUCCUACAGUUACGAGAGGGGAAGAGGGCGAGCCCGCGUGCCGAGGCCCGAGAGGCUAGAGGAGGAGUACUACCCUCGUGAACACUACCAGCGCUACCCGCGGGACUACUCCAGAGACUACCACGAGGGCUACUCGCACGACUACCCGCACGGCGAGCCCUACGACCGCGAGGCCUACGGCCACGACUACACGCGGGACUACGGCCGGGAGCCCUACGGCCGGGAGUCCUACGGCGGCGGGCGGGAGGAGCGCCCCGGCCGGCCCAGGGAGCGCGAGCCCUCCGACGAGUACGGAGCAUCUCGCCGCGCGCUCAACGCGGUCUAGCGCCCCCCUCCCUUCCUCCCCCGCCCCGUAUCCGCACCUCUGACAUUUCAACUCCUGACCGUUCGCAUGUGGGUAGGAGUCAGCCGCGUGUCCGCCAGUGAAGCUAGUGAGAGGCCGCGGCGCGUCCCCCUUAUUGUUUAGUUCGGACGUCGCCGGCCACAUUAGUAUCGUUUUAGUAACUGGCGCCACCUCCAAGUUCCUCGGCCGGAGUCGGUCGCUGGAUACGUUAGUGCUUAAGAUUCGAUAAGUCUGAUACUGUACGACCCGCGCGUCUGUGCCGGGUGCGGGUGCGGGUGCGGGUGCGGGUGCGUGCGGGUGCGUCCGGUUCUUGUUUCGCUGAGCUUGUGGCACGCUUCCUUCCGCGAGAGUGCAGUGAGGACGGUCGGCUUGUGUUUCUCUCACACUCCAGUUCCACAGCAAUCAAAUAAGUUAAGUCCAAUAGACACGCUCCCGGCUGCCGGGACGCCUCCGGUCGGUUCCCUUCAGGGUGUGAUCUUCGUAUGUCUGAGUUACUGAGCACGAGUUGCCCGCGGGCCUCGCGGCCCACGAGUUCCGUUUGAGGUUCUAUAUACUGCGUUGUGUUUUUCGCCCUUCGUUAUAUUUAAUAUGCUUCUAUGGGGUUUCUCGAUGUUUUGUGUUCGCUGAAGUUUGUGAGCCGUCUCCGUCGCCUCUGUGCGUUCGAGCGGAGUUACCCUGAGAGCGUUUUUAUUAAAGAAAUAUUUAUAGAUUUAUAACGACCGAGGAGUUAGUGUAAGGAGUAAUUAACUCGAAAUGCCUUGAGUCCUGGUCCAAGAAUCCCGAGAUUCUUUAUUCGGCUGUCUCGUUCGAUCCCUAUUUAUUUUUCGAAGUGUGAUCGUAAAUGAUUAGUUAGCACUGUAUAGCUUUCGAUCGUCUAGUUAAGUUAGGUAAGCCACGGCGCUGUUUUGCGUGAAAUGUAUAAAAUUUAAAUAUAAUUUAAGUGCCGUGAGAUAUUAUCUGUUUCCCAUUUUUUGGACAUACUCUUGUAAUUAUAAUGCAUCGUCUGUACUUCAUUGUUGCAAUCAUUUGUAAAUAAAAUACUUUAUAUCGA